UGCCACUUCUAACUCUUAACACCUAAGAAAUUGGUUUUCAUCUCCAUGCAUCGUUUCUCCAUCAUCACAUUACUCACUCAUUCAAACCUCACCAUACUCAAAUAUUCAUCCAACACAACACACUCAUCAACAUUAUGCAAUCUUUAAUUCCAAAAUCAUUCCAUAAAAAGAAACACCCAAACACAUCCCAUUUCAACAACCAAUGUUAUCUCUACGUCAUAGCAAUAACUGCAGCAGCCACCAUCCUCUUCUUGUUCUAUUCCUGGUAUUCAGAUCCCACACACUUAUGCUCCACGGCUGGAUCCCUCACGACAGCCCAAACCAUCAUCGCCGAGGAAUUCCACAUUUCGGCUAUCCCUCUCGUGACAAUCUUCCACUAUGCAACGACGGGUGACAUUCCCCAAUUGUCUAAAGGUGAGAUCCGAAGACCAUUCGACGUGUUACAAUCCCUAGCGCCAUGCAACUUUCUCGUGUUUGGAAUUGGUCACGACGCGCUCAUGUGGGAUUCGUUUAAUCCACGUGGCAUCACGCUAUAUCUCGAAGAAGAUCCUAAGUGGACCAUUUCUGCCUUCAAACGCUUUCCUGUCCUACGUGCACAUACCGUGCGUUAUAACACGCGCCUCAGUGAGGCUAAAGCACUUCUCUCAUCCUACAAGAAGGAUUGUGGUGGCAUCACCGCAGACAGUCACCCACUAAAAGAUGAUCGUCGGUGUAGGCUUGCAUUGGGCGAGCUGCCAAAAGAGGUGUACGAUCGGGAUUGGGAUGUGAUUAUGAUCGAUGCACCAAGGGGAUAUUUUCCCUCGGCUCCGGGGAGGAUGGGGGUGAUAUAUUCCGCGGCAGUGAUGGCGCGUGGGAGGAAAAAAGCCGGUGUGACGCAUGUGUUUCUUCAUGAUGUGGAUAGGGAGGUUGAGAAACUUUAUGCUAAGGAGUUUUUGUGCAUGAAAUAUAGAGUUGGUGGUAUUAGGAGACUUUGGCAUUUUGUUAUUCCACCUGCUGUAAAUGUUACUGAUACUGCACUUGGAUUUUGUGCAUGA